CAACUUCGAGGAGUGAUAGAAGCCCUUCACAUUCUGACAAAAUCAAACAACACGAGAUUUGAGUUCAUUUUUACAAACUUAAUACCAGGAAAUUUGAGGCAUUUCACAUCUGUGAUGGGUGUACACAAGUCUUAUAUGUCCUCCAGAAUGUACCGGGAACUGAAGCUUCGAGGAGCCAUCAUCCACAACAAGCAACUCAAGAUCCUGCCACUCGAACAGCUGUACACAACUGUGCCAGGUGUCUGGAAUCUCUCCAGUGAUCAGGGCAAUCUUGGCACUUUCAUCAUCACUAAUGUUCGUCUGGUAUGGUUCGCUGAUAUGAACGAGAAUUUUAACAUCUCCCUUCCAUAUCUACAGAUAAUGCAUGUGAAAAUCCGCGAGUCCAAAUUUGGCCCAGCACUAGUUGUGGAAUGUGCAGAGCGUUGCGGUGGCUACGUGUUGGGGUUCCGAAUUGAUCCAAAGGAAAAACUGCAAUCUGUACAUAAGGAGCUGGUGUCCUUACACAGAGUAUAUGGACAGGUGCCGUUGUUCGGCGUGCAGUUCAGAGUAGGGGAGCAGGUUGAAACAUGUCCAGAACCACCGUCUCUGAUAGAAGAUAUCCAAGAGUUUGAUGACUCGGGUGACGUGCUGUCAAAUGCAUUUGUGGCUUAUUUUGCGGAUUCUGGACACAAGAAGGACCGUGAACCUGUGUACAGUCCAGAGCUGGGAUUGGCGGUCGAGAAACUUAAAGAUGGUUUCACAAUGCAAAGUCUGUGGGAAGUGCUGCCUAGUUCACAGUGAAUUGCAGCAUUUUCACAUUGCCUUGUUUGUUUUGUAGUCAGACAUUAUUUCUAGUCAUUGUACCGUAAUUUUAAGGCUAUGAUCUGUUGCGUUGUGAUGCCAUGUAGCUCGUUACAUUUGGAAGACUGUAGUUCCUGCCAUGAAAACCUUGAAUCUCUGAUUUUGCAAGUUCCUAAAAACGUAAAGCUAUCUC